AUGCCAAUGCAGUUGCUUCAUCCCAAGUUCCUAAAUGACAACUUCGGCGUCUGUGGUCGUCCCCGCGUCGGCUGGCAAAUCGAUGCAUUCGGUCAUUCCCGAGAGCAGGCCUCGAUGUUUGCCCAAAUGGGCUUCGAUGGCCAAUUCUUUGCCCGCAUGGACCAGAAUGACAAAAACAAGCGAGUGGACAACCUGGGACUUGAAAUGAUCUGGGAUGCCAGUGAGACUCUGAAGGAAAUGGAGUUCUUCACGGGAAUGCUCUACAACCAUUACUCGGCGCCUCCUGGCUUCUGCUUUGACUCGCUCUGCCAAGAUGAUCCCAUUAUUGAUGGAAAAAGCUACGACAAUAAUGUCAACUCUAGGAUCAAUGAUUUCAUCAACUACGCCACCAACCUGGCCAAGUAUUAUCGCUCGAGCCACAUAAUGGUGCCCAUGGGCGAUGACUUUCAGUACGAAAAUGCAUACAUGAACUACAAGAACAUGGACAAACUUAUCAAGUAUGUCAACGAACGCCAAGCAACCGGCUCCAAGUUUAAUAUCUUCUACUCGACGGCUGGUUGUUAUUUGAAUUCCCUACACAAGAAUCUUCAGAGCUGGCCAAACAAGACCCAGGACUUCCUACCCCAUUCCCACGAGGCAAAGAGCUUUUGGACCGGCUUCUUUACCUCCCGUCCUACCCAGAAAAGAUUCGAGCGCGACGGCAACCACAUGCUCCAAGUGGCCAAACAGCUGAGUGUCCUGGCUGAUCUAUCCAGUGAGCAGCAGACCAACGACUUGGAAUAUCUGCGUCAGAUCAUGGGAGUGAUGCAGCAUCAUGAUGCCAUUACUGGAACCGAGAAGCAAGAAGUCUCCAAUGACUACGAUCGACUACUGUACGAUGCCAUCUUGGGAGGAGCUAACACAGCCCGCGAUGCCCUCCGGGUUCUCACCAACCAGCCGAAUGGAGAGUUUGAAAGCUGUCUGAGGCUGAACAUCAGCGAGUGUGCCUUCACCAAGGACAGCGCUGAUAAUGUAGUUGUCACCCUUUACAACCCAUUGGCCCAUACUUCCACGCAAUAUGUGCGCGUUCCAGUGAAAAAUGAAAACUACGAGGUGACAAAUGAGAAGGGGCAAGUUGUGGCUUCUGAGGUGGUUCCAGUCCCCUGGCAGGUUCUGGCCCUGGAGCACCGUAGUAACGACACUCAGCAUGAGCUGGUCUUCAAAGCUUCCGUCAACAAGAUUGGCAGCUUCUACAUAAAAAAGGUUGAAAAGCAGCUGGGUCAAUCAAUGGAUGUCCCCAACCGCUUCAAAAAGAUUCACUCGUUGAAGAGCGAUGCUGGGACCCAUGAUGAUGGGGAGACGGUUGUGCAGACUUCGCUUAUCAAACUGGUGAUCGAUAACAACUCAGGACGUUUGAAGACCGUUGAGAUGAACGGGGUUUCCGAAAGAAUUGACCAGACCUUUGGAAUGUAUAAGACUGCCCGGUCUUGCCAUUACAUUUUUCGCCAAGAUGCCGACUUGGAACUCCUGGAAGAUGUUGUCGAGUUUUCCGUUUAUGAUGGAGCCUUAGUCAAGGAAAUCCACCAGAACUUUAAUGAGUUUGUGUCCCAGGUAAUUCGAAUCUAUGAAGACGUGAACCGCGUAGAGUUCGAGUGGUUGGUGGGUCCCAUCCCCAUAGAUGAUGAACUGGGCAAGGAGAUAGUCACCGUCUUCAAGAGUGGAAUCUCCAACGAUGGAGUCUUCUACACCGACUCAAAUGGCCGUGAAAUGAUCAGGCGCGAGAAAGACAAGCGCGAGGACUUUAGCCCCGAUCUGAGUGAACAGCCAGUGAGCGGAAACAUUUAUCCGGUGACCUCCCGGUUCGCUAUGCAAGACAGUAGCCGGCGAUUGGUCCUCCUCAACGAUCGCUCUCAGGGUGGAACCAGCUUGGAGAACGGACGUGUAGAGAUGAUGCUGCAUCGUCGUCAUAUUUUUGCCGAUGGCUCUGGUGCAGCCGAAGCCAUUAACGAACAGCAGUUCGGAAAGGGUCUCAUUGCCAGGGGAAAACUUUUCCUUUCCGUCAGCGCUGUCGAGGAAGGAGCCACUGCCGCCGAGCGUGUGGCCGAGAAGGAGAUUCACCUGCCUUUCUGGAAAUUCUUUAGCAAGGCCAGCGAAGUCUUCGAGGAAGUGUCCAAGUCGCUGCCCGAUUUUAACGACUUACCGGAAUCGGUUCACCUGCUCACCCUGGAACCCUACUCCGCGGAUGAGAUUCUGCUGCGAGUGGAGAACUUCCUAGAUCAGACGGAGGUCAGUACGGUUAGCUUCAACAUUCGUCAGAUCUUCGAUAGUCUGGGCGGUUUGGAAAUCAGGGAAACCACUUUGGACGGCAACCUUCCCCUGAGCGAUAUGAAGCGACUAAAGUUCCCCCACGAUGGUGCUGGACUCAUUUCCUCAACUCCGGAGUACUUCACGAGUCUGCACAAGCCUUUGGCGGCUAACAAAUCCCAGGAAGCAGCCGAGUUCAGCGUGACCUUGAAUCCCAUGCAGAUUCGAACUUUUAUCAUCAAGAAGGAAUUAGUUUAAUUCAAAACUGGCCAAAGGGA